UUUUUUUUAUGUUUAUUAUAAUUUUCUUAAAUUUUUUACUAUUAUCAGCUGAAUAUGCCUAUUGUUUUCGCUUUACUUGGAUUGGUCCAUUUCAAGAUAAAGACAAUAUUGCUGAUAUUACGUGUGAAAGUAUACGUGAAGAUUUAACAAAUAUUCCUUGCCGCCAGCCUUUGGUGGUUACCGAUAAUGAUAAUAUACCAGAUACGGUGGAUCUUUGGUCGAAAUAUAAGGAUCAACCAAAUGCUAUAGGAUGUCCUAUGGUACCGGGUCAAUUAUGUGUUAAAUAUACUUAUACAUACAAUAAGGGAGUACAAAACAUCACUUAUAUGUGUGCCAAAGUUAAUACCACAACCGGUUGUUAUCGUCAAAAAUAUAUUUCCGGUUUGGAUGUUGAAGUUUGUGUUUGUAAAUCAGAAUUGGGAGCGAUGCCAUGUAAUACAGCCACAACGAAUGCACAACUAGAACAUAAAUUAUCACUAUUGCUAAUAGCUCUGAUAACAAUAACAAUAUUUUAUAAAUUAUUCGAAAAUAGUUAAUAAUAAUAAAAAAUCUGCAUAAUAAAAAAAAAAACUGCAACAAGAAAAAAAAUCAAAUGACUUUUUGUUGUUUGAGAAAAAAAGUACUGAUUUUAAGGAAAUAUCAUUAAUAAAACGUCAAUAGA